CGCGCUGAGACUCCGUCGCGUCGCCACGCCACCCGCCGCCGUCGCUUGCCUGCUUACUCGCAAAUCGAUAUUACCGUAUUUACUGUUCCGUCGCACAUGCACACUUUUACUACACAUAUUAUUACGGACGAUAAAAAGUUUUAUAGCGCGCUUUUUUAAUAGGAACACAGCUACCUUCCUGUCUUUUCAACAGUCAGGCGCUUCGGUGACAGCUCGCGGACACAAAGUAAACAAAACACGCUGAAGACAACGAGACCACGUUCCACAGCUGAUUUUUGUUCGAACAGCUGAUCGUGAAAAUGAGAAAUGCGCGGAGCUUUAAGAGUUCACGCCUAUUUAAACUCACUGUGAAGUAAAUAAUAGGUACAUAGAGUAUUUUGAAACCGUCUCUGAUUCGAUGAAGUCUUCCAUAGUGGUGGCGGUAAUGUUUUAUGGUGCGAUGAAUGACGUUGUAAAUAUAACGCGAAGGCGACUAAAUGGCGUGUGCGCAUGGUCUUCGUGUCGUUAAUAGAUCUUGUGAUAUAUGCUCACGAUUUGAGUGUAUAAACGAGCGGGUAAACGAAGGCCGAGACUUGCGUCGACGUCGCGUCGCUCCGGGGAAGUUGGCACGGUGCGCGCGCGCGGCGUGUCGUGCGGCGUGACGUGGCGCGCGGGCCCUGACUCGGCCGUGUCUCCGGCGUCUGCCCCUCUCAGUACAACCUUGCUCGCGCUGAGGACAUGUCCGUGUUAUGGACUACCAAUGCAUCGUCGUGUACACCGUCAUCAACAUCGCGCCCCCGCGCCUUACCGCGCAGGCGACGGACCUCUCUAACGGCUGUGUCACCUGGUUCAAAAAUAAAAUCAAAAGAGCGGUAGCAGUGUAUCUUCAUUCGCUAAGGUUGACGCCAAGCAGCGGGGCUGUACAUGGAAAUUUGGCAUGUUUAUAUUAUAAACAGGGCUUCAUAGAUCUUGCUAUAGACACGUACAGACGAGCCAUCCAACUUCAACCAAAUUUUCCCGAUGCAUACUGCAAUCUUGCUAAUGCGCUCAAAGAAAAGGGCCUCGUUUGCGAGGCGGAGGAGUGCUACAACAAUGCCUUACGAUUAUGCCCAUCUCACGUCGACACUCUCAAUAAUCUCGGUAAUGUAAAAAGAGAACAAGGGAAAAUUGAGGAAGCUACAAAACUGUACAUGAAGGCUUUGGAAGUGUUUCCCAACUUCGCCGCAACACACAGUAACUUGGCAUCGCUUUUACAGCAUCAAGGAAAACUCCAUGAAGCUUUGAUGCAUUACAGACAUGCUAUAAAUAUUCAGCCAAAGUUUGCCGACGCUUAUAGUAAUAUGGGCAAUACUCUUCGAGAAUUGCAGGAUAUUAAUGGCGCCCUUGUUUGUUUCAAGAAAGCAAUAGAAAUAAAUCCCACUUUCGCCGAUGCGCAUUGUAACCUAGCAAGUAUUUACAAAGAUAUGGGGAGAAUUAUCGAAGCUAUUGAAUCGUAUAAAAACGCAUUAAAAUUUAAACCAGACUUUCCAGAUGCUUACUGUAAUUUAACACAUUGCUUACAAAUAAUAUGCAAUUGGGAUGAUUACGAGGAGAGAAUGCAUAACUUAGUAUCAAUUGUUGAAAACCAAUUGAGUAUGGAAAAACUAACCUCGGUACAUCCGCACCAUUCCAUUUUAUAUCCACUAACGAAUGAAGUAAGAAAAGAGUUAGCCGCACGACAUGCCGACUUGUACUCAGAGAAAGUUAAUAUGUUGGGUAAAGUAAAAUUUCCACUUAAUAAAGAACGUAAGGGUAGAUUACGUGUCGGAUAUGUAAGCAGCGAUUUUGGUAAUCAUCCAACUUCCCAUCUAAUGCAAUCUAUACCAGGUCUUCAUGAUCGUCAAAAAGUGGAAAUCUUUUCUUACGCUUUGAACUUUGAUGAUGGAACCACAUUCCGUAGUAAAAUAGUUAAUGACUCCGAACAUUUCGUUGAUCUGUCGUCAGUGUCAUGUUAUAUGGAAGCGGCAAAAAGAAUUAACGGCGAUGGUAUACACAUAUUGGUGAAUAUGAACGGAUAUACUAAAGGCGCUCGAAAUGAGAUCUUUGCUUUAAAACCAGCCCCCAUUCAAGUAAUGUGGCUAGGUUAUCCGGGAACGAGCGGAGCACAAUACAUGGAUUACAUAAUUACUGAUGUGAUAUCAUCACCUUUGUCGAGCGAAUUAGAUUUCAGUGAAAAGUUUGCGUUCAUGCCAUAUACAUAUUUCAUAGGUGACCAUAAACAAAUGUUCCCACAUUUAAAAUCACAAUAUAUUGUUAAAACUGAUGAUAAUAAAGAUUCAGAUCGCAAUAUGGCUAUUAUCAAUUGUGCUGAAAACAUAAAUCUGGAUGAAAAGUCUAGUGUGAUUGUAACACUAAAGGUGAUUGAAUACGAAGAUUUAGUGCCGAUAGAAAUAAUUGAAAAACAAAUAAACAUUCCAAGCCACGUUAUCAAGAGUAUGGUAGAUCCAAAAAUUACGCAGGUAAUGGUUGACGACGUAUCGAUACACAAUGGCAUAUCGAUAAACAGUUGUAACAAAAGAGUAGCAGCCGCUGAAGAAAUAUUGGAAGAUAUAGUACUUACAUCGAGAAAGCAAUACAAUUUACCGGACGACGCCAUUGUUUACUGUAAUUUCAAUCAAUUAUACAAAACUGACCCAAGAGUAUUAGAAAUGUGGGUGAACAUAUUGAAAAAGGUACCAAAUAGUGUUCUCUGGCUGUUAAGUUUCCCUGCUGCUGGCGAACCAAAUGUACAUAAAUUUGCCCAGAGUUUAGGCCUCCUACCUGGUCGCAUCAUAUUCUCUAAUAUCGCUUGUAAGGAGGAACACGUGAGGCGUGGACAGCUGGCAGAAAUAUGUUUGGACACGCCAUUGUGCAACGGACAUACGACUACUAUGGAUGUUUUAUGGGCCGGAACACCAGUGGUUACACUUCCAGGAGAAACUUUAGCUUCCCGCGUUGCUGCGUCACAACUGCAGGCUCUGGGUUGUUCGGAACUGAUCGCCAAAACUAGAAGACAAUAUGAAGAAAUCGCUGUGAAAUUGGGAACAAAUAGAAAUUAUAGAAGAUACAUUCGAGCUAAAGUCUCCAAAGCACGGUUAGAAAGCAGCUUAUUCGACUGCAAACAUUAUGCCGGUGGACUGGAAGCACUCUUUGAGAAAAUGUGGCAACGAUACGAGGAUGGAGAAAAACCAGACCAUAUACAUGCUGUUGGUUGAUGUUAGAUUUUACCGAGAGUGAAGAUUUAUUUCAAUUUUACACUUUCGAAUAUUGAAUAAUGAAUCAAAUGGAAUUAUAAACUAGCGGUCCGUCCAGAUGCUGUCCAUGUGGAGCUCAAGGGUUUUUGAACUAAUUGUUUCACCACAUACAAUUUUAUAAACGUAACAACUUACUAAUUAUGUGUACAAUUGUGCUAUGAAUUAAAUUAUUAAUUAUUUA